UAAAAAUUAAGUCUUUCCACCAACUCACUUCUAGAAGACAAAUCUUCACCCUUCUCGCCUCCUUCCCUUCCCCCCUUUCCCUCAUAUCCAAAUACCUUUCUAUAUAACUCUCAUCCACCUUUCUCAAAUGCCAUGAACAAACCCUUUCAAGAAAGUUGAAGCUAACCAUCCAUGGGGAGAUCUCCUUGUUGUGAGAAAGCUCACACCAACAAAGGCGCGUGGACCAAAGAGGAAGACGAGCGCCUCGUCGCCUACAUCAAGGAGCACGGCGAGGGCUGUUGGCGGUCCUUACCCAAGGCGGCAGGCCUCCUCCGUUGCGGGAAGAGCUGCCGCCUUCGGUGGAUCAAUUACCUCCGUCCCGAUCUCAAGCGCGGCAACUUCACCGAAGAGGAAGACGAGCUCAUCAUCAAGCUCCAUAGCCUACUUGGAAACAAAUGGUCGUUGAUAGCCGGGAGGUUACAAGGGCGAACAGAUAAUGAGAUCAAGAACUACUGGAACACGCAUAUUCGUCGGAAAUUGUUGAGUAGAGGGAUAGAUCCGACGACGCACCGCCCCCUCCAUGGGCAAGCGGAUUUAUCCUUUGCGAAGGAGGAGGAGAAAGAUGAGAGCUUUGUGAGAAGAGUGGAGGAGAAUAAGAGCAAUAAUAGUAACAGUAACAGCAACAGCAACAGCAGCAGCAGCAGCGAAGAGCCGAAGAGAUGGCGGUGUCCAGAUUUGAAUCUGGAGCUGGGGAUAAACCCUUCUUCAUUGAAGCAGGAGGAUUCUGAUGAAUAUUUCAUGGGGGAGGAGUUGGGACUUUGCUUUAGGAAUGGGCUGCUGGAAUUCAGAUGAUAUUAUUUUGCUUAUUCAGAAAUUGUAUAAUUUAGGUACAAAUUAAGAUUAUUAAUAUUGCUUUAGGGUGGGAGAGGUGAGUUUAGAGUAGGUAAUUAAUGUGCUAAUGUGAUUUGUUUCUCUUCUAAUUUGUAGAUCUUUGGCAUAUAUGUUGAUAUAUAUGAGAUUAUUUUUGUUUUUUUUAAUGGAUUUUUGGAAGUUUUGAUGUUGUGGGAAAGAGAGAGAGAUUGCCUUGUUUGUU